AUGCAAGAUCAUUUUCUUUUAAGAGUAAUGAAUUUAGAAUAGGCACUAAAAUAAGAAUGGGAUUCAUCUUAUUGGAUAUGGGGUUUAUUGAUUUUUUUAUGUUUGAUGGGUCAAGUAAUUUGUAUUUUUAUGCUUGCCAAACCUGAUACAUAGAAAGAGGAUUCUGAUAAUCAUAUUUAGGCUGAAAAUCAAUAAUUAGAUCCUGAAAAUUAAGUUGAACAAGAGAAACUUUUAGAGACUAAUGAUUGA